ACCCCCAGAAGCACUCAUCGCUGGCUUUCCUCACCCCCCCAGCCGGGCUCGCAAGGAUGAGGAGCAUCCCAACCUAACACCAAAGCCAUCCCUUAAAACCCUCCGUCGCAAUUACAUGAUCCACGAGCUGCCUCUUCUCCACGAGCCCAAUCCCUACUACAACAAUGACAGCGACCAGCAGCAGUUCCAUCCGCUUCAAGAACCAGGCCUCUCAUAUGAUCUGAUUGCUCCAGCCGCAUCUGACGACGCUGCUCCCCUCCACAGUCUGGAGCGUCUCGCCGACCUCAUGUUCUCUUCCGAACACAUGCUCUCGAUUCUCAACAAUCCACGCUAUCUUACGCGAUUUCGCGAAUUUCUGCUCGAAGAGCGUCCGCGCUCACUCGCCCUCCUGACAUACUACCUCACAGCCCGCAAGGCUCUUCUAGCCAUUGACUAUGCCAACGCGCUUGUUCGGUCCGUCAUUGACGCGCCUCCAGUCACAAUCGCGACGCCCGACCCGAUCGUGGGCCAAAUCUCCCACCCCGUGCUGUACCAGCGCGUCACCGAGGCUCUGCAGGCCCUCACAGCGGAGGAGCUUCCCGCUUUCAUCACCGCCCGCUGUAUCAGCUUGACGAGUAGAGUGGUCGAGGAGCGCGUACGCGGGACUCUCCCGCCCAAAUUCCAGGGUGCGUCAGAUGCGCUGGCGGAGGUGUUCUGCUUGACCGAUCCGUCCCGACGGGACAAUCCUAUCAUUUUCGCAUCGGAGGAAUUCCAUCGCACGACUCAAUAUGGCAUGGACUAUGUGCUCGGUCGCAAUUGUCGGUUUUUGCAGGGGCCGAAGACCAACCCCAACAGUGUGAGACGCAUUCGCGAGGGCAUUGAGAAUGGAAGGCAUCAUUCAGAGCUGUUCCUGAAUUACCGCCGCGACGGCUCCCCGUUUAUGAAUCUCCUACAGUGCGCCCCGCUGUGCGACAGCCGUGGCACGGUGCGAUACUUCAUCGGCGCCCAAAUCGACGUCUCCGGGCUGGCCAUGGACGGUGCACAGAUGGAGUCCCUGCGCGCUUUGCAGGCAAAGCAACGUCGAGCCGAGGCUAAGGCGGCGGAGGAUGCGCGGGACGAGGACUCCAUGGAGAUCAUCCAGCCGGAGGAAGGGGUAGAAGAGGAAGGCGGGGUGCAGGUCCGUUUCGACGACGCCGACAACGCCACAAAAACCUUCACAUACCCUCCAACCCAACCACCACUCAACCACGAACCGUCGCAGGCAGUGAUGGAAAUUGGCCAUUACCCACAUCAUCGGGCCGGGGAGAGUCUCGGAUCAAUAGGAUCGGUGUACAGCCAGAGGGACAACGGCGAAGACGACGACGACGACAACGACCGCCCCAAGGACGAAUUCCGGCAGCUGACCGAACUGUUCACCCCGCGGGAGUUGAACGUCACGCACGAGGUCGGCGGGACGCUCUUCCACCCCAGCGCGGUGUCCAGUACGGCCGGGAUGCUGGAUCGAGGCAGCUGGCAGGCGAUGAGUCGGACGUGGUCGAUGGUCGAGGACGAGGCGAUCCGGGAGCGAGAGGUGAAGGAGUCCAUGUGGAGAGGCUCGUUGACCGGGGUGUAUGAAAAUUACCUCCUGGUGCGACCGUACCCCUCGCUGCGGAUUCUCUUCACCUCCCCCGCGCUCCAAAUCCCUGGCAUGUUGCAGUCUUCAUUCCUCUCGCGUAUUGGGAGUUCCUCGACCGUGCGUGAGGAGUUGCUGGAAGCACUGAAAGGUGGGCGGAGCGUCACCGCGCGCAUCAAGUGGGUAACGAGGUACAACACCCAAGGACGCGAUCGAUGGGUCCACUGCACGCCAUUACUAGCGAGUAACGGGGAGGUGGGGGUAUGGAUGGUCGUGGUCGUGGACGACGAUUGAGCAGAAUUUUCUCUGAACUUUUUAGGAUAAAGGAGCGGGGCUGGGGCGGUGUUCGG